UGAAGAACAGGCAUCCCCCACUCAUGCACCUUUCCCAGCUGUGAGAGCCCAGGUCUGCGGCAGCAUCAGCAUCCGCUGUAUCAGCCACAUACACACAUACACACAUACACACAACUCCCAGCAUCCCCCUCCAACCUGCACACACAACUCCCAGCAUCCCCCUCCUGCAUUCCAAUGCACACACUUUCCCACUAACACACACACAUACAACAAGCAACAGUGUCUGGGACAGACAAAGUGCCACACAACUAAGUGCCACAGUUUGCUGCAUCGUCCGCCAUGGCGACACCAACUGAGCCAAGUAAACAAGCCAGCGUAUAUGGAGAUAAGGAUCCAUUCCGCUACGAUUACGACACCGUGCGGAUGACCGGCCUCAUUCUCGCCAUUGUCAUGUUCAGUUUGGGGAUCAUCGUUGCUCUGAGUAACAAAUUUAAAUGCAAAAAGAGGAAUCCAGAUGGAGCUCAGACUAACGGCCGGCUAUCCCACACCCCAGCUGGAAGUGUAUAGUUCCCUGGUUCCUUAACCUUAUCACAAGCUGCUGGAUCCUGUCUCUGGACCUCCAUGAAGAACUGAGGGGAAGGGAAGGAAAGGAAUCUGACCUCUUUUCACAAUGUUGCAGAUAGCGUGUUACAUGCAUGUACGACAUUCCUGCGUGACCCCCCGUUUCCUACAUGCACACAGAGCUUCCAUCUCUGAUCCCCCCCCCAAAAGACUGAUUCAGAGAAGCACCACAACCCCCAAUGUCCCUUUUUUCCAAUACACAAGAGACGGAGAUACACAGAAACAGAAAGCAGAUAGAGAAGCAGAGAAAAACAUAGACCACGCCAGGUCUCCAACACAAAACCCAACAACUUACUGGUAAAUGUUUAGUAAGGAUGUCCCUCUGUAUCCCUUCAAAGAAAUGUUCAUCUUUUGUUGAACUCAAAGUCCCAUCAUCCCAACAGUUGGACAUAGAAAGUCCUUUGAUUGCCUUCACAGGUCUUUGGCAGGGGUCAGAACAUGGUGGCAUCCAUAAUUGUUCUAUAUCACUGGUCAGUAAAUAAUAGUAUCUACCUGAUAGAAAGGGUUCAUCAGUGUCUAGUGGCCUCCAAUGGUCCGUAGAAAGUCAGAUAGAUACUACUAGGUAGUCAUUGGAACCUCUUUUCAGUGUCUGGAAGGCUGUAUAAGUUAUCGCAAAAUUGUAGCUACUACUGGAAGACCACAGGAAAGUUUUAGAAGUGUCUAUUGUUCUACAGAAUUCUUUGGCAAAGGCCAAGAGGUGUAGGAACUGGAACUUCUUUUUCCAUGUCUGGAAGGCUGUAGAAAUUAUAGCUACUACAGGUGGCUAAGGGUUUCAUUGAUGACUGGUUUCCUCCAAAGAUCUAGAUUAGUGGUUAGGAAGUGGUACCUACAAUUUUUAUCAAUUCCGGUGGCUUCCAAAGGUCUCUGUCAUUGGUCUUUAUCAAAGGUCUCUGUCAUUGAUCUUCAUCAAAGGUCUCUGUCAUUGGUCUUUAUCAAAGGUCUCUGUCAUUGGUCUUUAUCAAAGGUCUCUGUCAUUGGUCUUUAUCAAAGGUCUCUGUCAUUGGUCUUUAUCAAAGGUCUCUGUCAUUGGUCUUUAUCAAAGGUCUCUGUCAUUGGUCUUUAUCAAAGGUCUCUGUCACUGGUCUUUAUCAAAGGUCUCCUCCAGUAUCCUCUAAAGCUCGAUAACAGAGGUUGGGAAGAGGUAGCCACCACUUGGUUUCCAUAUGAAGUUCUUUAUCAUUGUCCAUUAUCUUCUAAAAGUGCUCAGUAGGCCGAAAAUGGUACUUCCUGCCAUUGAGAAGAAUGAUCUGUAGUUAAGGUGACAUUGCCCUUUAUAAAGGGAUAUUGCAUUCCAUGACUAUUACCUCUUGUGGGUACAGCCUCUAAUCCACUCAUCUAAGCAGUUGGUAUGGGAACACAUUUGGGACAAUCAUUACCCACAAUUCAGUGGCUCAUAAUAUAGGGGCCUAUUCCUAUCUCCUGGACUGGUCUCUAAUUCUCUAAUGAAGGCUUAAGCAGGCGCGGGGCGGAUACUGGGAAGGUGGCCUCUUUUAUUUUUCUGUAUAUAUAGCAUGUCGGAGAAAUAGAAAUAUAUAGAGAGAGAAAUAUAUAAAUAUAAGGUUGUCGAAGACUGAUCUCUAAAAGAUAUAUGCAGAUGCAACCAAGUCCCUACCUUGAUGUUCUAAUAAAAUGACACAAAUAUCUUAGA